AUGCCACUCGUUUCAAAAUCGCCUCCUGCAGCAUCAUCCACAGUCGCCUUAAAAGAUCAGUCUUUUAUGUCAUUGACGCGUUCCGAUCCAAACCUAAGCUUAACCUUGGAAGAUGACUCAAUACACGUUUCACAACGCAUCAAGAGGAAGCGUAAUGAUGACAAUGAAUCUGCUCUAGCAGAUAACUUUAAAGCAGAGAUAUUAAACAUGUUUAAUGAGAUCAAACUAGGUCAAAUAACACACGCGUCUUCUUUACAAUCGACAAAAGAAGAUUUAAUGGCACAAAAUAAUCAGCUACAAGAGUCAGUCGAAUUCAUGUCUCGACAGUACGACGAAUUGUUGAAUAGAAUAAAAAAAGCUGAAGAAGAUAGAGAUAGUGAUCGAAAAUACAUACAUUUUCUAGAAGGUAAAAUUGAAAACCUAGAAAGGCAAAAUCGAAUUGCGUCAUUAGAGAUCAGGAAUAUUCCAAAAAAGGAUAAGGAAACGAAAAAAGAUCUUGUUGAUACAGUUGUGGAGUUAGGUGAAAUAAUCAAUGUAGAAAUCCAACCCAUGGAAAUUAAAAGAUACCUACCGUAUCCACGCCAAGACUGA